UUUAUCUAUAAGCAAAUGUGGAGAGAUAACAACCUGACCCUCGUCUUCCUGCUGGACUCAGAUAUCUUCACUCCAGCUGCAGAGAAACUCAAAGCCAUGCAGAGACUCAGAGGAUUCUAUUUGUACGCUGUCCUUCAGCUGUCUUUGGCAGCCCAGGGAGUUCAGACGACUGUGUUCAGCUCUAAUCUUGGAAGCAGAACAUAUCUUGAGACAACUCCACCGAGAUUUUACCCCAUCCCCUCUGAUCCUGGAGACGCUGGAACGUGGUCGAUGGAACUGGACAGGAAGUCCAAACCCCCAAGUGCGUCCAAUACAAGUGAAGGUUUACGGCAAACAGAACCUUUGCUUUCAAAGGAAUUAGAGACUUUGUCGAACCAAGAGUGUAUAAACCCCAGAGAAGUUGAUACCCCGAACAGGCAUCAGUUGAUAGUUAUUAUGGAGGAAGACGCAGCAGUGAUUGAGUCGGCCACUAACCUGUUUGAGAGGAAUCCAAGUGAAUCAACGCUGCUGAGCUACCAGAAGGGGGCACUGCAGAUUCUCAGGGGGAGCCGAUUCUCUUCUAUUCUUAACCAUGAUGUCAUUCUGGUUGGUCACGGCAGCACUGGUACCAACGGAUCAGUCCUGUCUGGUUUUGAUCCUGAAGAACUUGCCAGAUUCAUGACGGUCUUAAAUACCGAGAGCCUCCCUGGUCGUCUUUGCACCAUCAGCCUCAUCAGCUGCAACCUUGGAAACGACUUGAACUUCACGUCACAGCUGCUACAAGUCCUCAGGUCUCUUGGUGUGGAAACAAAGCUUCACCUUUACAACUCCUUCCUGUCUGUAAGCUCUGACGGAGAAAUCCUGACUAGGACUGAGGACCUCUGGAGGUCCAGUGACCACAGAAGAAGAGUCAUCGCUGAACUGGACCAAAGAGGAGACCUGCUUGUGAGAGAGGAACUUGGCUGUGCAGGUCCAACGUUUCCUGAUUUUAGAGGAAGUGUUUUGUAUCUUCAGACGCUGGAUUGGCCGCGACACCCUCAAAUGUUCGUUCCAAGAGAGCUGCGCAAGAAGUACCCGUCCAUCGACUGCCUGGAGGGGCUGACGUGGAGCUUGUUCUUUGAGAGUGAGCGACGGCGAGCUCCUGAUUAUGUCUCACCACAGGGCGAACAAAAGGGUGCAAUUUGGCUUAGAGAGCCAGGUCCAGAGGAAAACAUUGUCAUCAAGCACAUCAAUACCAUCCAGGAUCUACUGGUGGAGAUACGAUUCAAUGCAAGAGAGGAGGUUUCAUCCAACCUUUACUACGUUCUGAAUGAGUGCAUUUACAAAGUAAGUGGGAAGAAUCUUAAUGUCACUCUGGUGGGAAAGUUCAUGAGCACCAACAAUGAAGCUGAAAUCGAAAGCUUCCGUCAACGUUUCAACGAGCCGCAGGGUGAGUCGUCCCUUCAGGAGCUGAGACAGGGUCUGAAAGCGUCCAAAUUCACUGACUUCUGUCGGCAGACUUUCCAGUUCCAGCAGUGCAUCUACAACUGUGAGAGGUGGGGUAGAUACUUCAUGGCAGCCGUGUUUUCUGCAUCCGUGCUGAACUUCAGAACCUUCUCUCUCUUCCUCAUGAGUGUCAUAGGCUGUGAGGUCGGUCGAGCGAAAGGAACCGACAGCCCCCUGUGCACGGCGUUCGUCGGAUCCGAUCACCCAAUGGAGACGGACAAACCACGGCCCAAUCAUCUGCGGAGAGGGUUCUACGGCUGCACUGUUGACAACUACCAGAUGGCUCCUCAGGAGAGGCAGAUUUGGUUGGAUGAGGUAUUGGCGAAGGAGAAUGAUUUGUACAUAAAGUCCAAGAUGAUGAUGAUCGCCAACGAACGCGAUGAGCAAACAGAGCUUGACAUCUUCGGGAAGGUGAAGGUCAUGAAUAAGUACGUGUUCUCAUCUUACCUGGAGUUCUUCAGAGGUACACCUGAGGGGAAGAAACUCAAGAGAGGAUGUGCUCCUUCGUUAAAUGUAAAAAAAAAAACCUAACACACAAGCAAUGUGAUCGGGGAACGCCAUUGUUUUGUUAAUUUAUCUAUAGCAUAGUUGGUAAGAGUAUUUGUUUAUGCAUGUUAUGACUCAUAGUCUGUAAGUGAGAGAUGACCUAGCUUCCAAGGCACUACAGAAGUUCCUUAAAGCUGUAUUCUCUCUCAUCUGGGGGCAGGGGGCAACUCCAUCGGCUGCAAAAGUCUGAAGUCUAUGAGAAAAAUGGCUCUUCUCAGUUGAUUUAUUCCUUCUGAAAACACGUUUAUGGUCUCAAUCUUCAGUUUUAUGUCGUCUUCAAUACAUCAUGAUGCUAAUUUUGUCCCAUUUAGAGUCAAGUAGACCACAAAACAGGGGAGGAUUUAGGGCGGGGCUACAUCUGAUGGACAAGGUGGUACCACGAUAACCUGGAAAAUCUCUAAGCCUCUACUUAAAGACAUUCAGACGAUUCCACUGUUUGUUAGAUCAUUUUUUUAACCAUGCUUUAUGGCUGCGCAAAACUAGCAUCGCAGCUAACAAAAAUAACAUAUGCAUAUUUGUAACCAAGCAAGCUAGCUGUGUCUCAGUUGAGGUUUAGCAUCCUAUUGGCCUUUGUAACUUAAAUAUGACGGUCUUCUUGUUUGAGUCACCAGCUGUUCCCGUCCUUACCCUUUUUGUUACCUAGCGCCAUCCUGUCGCCUAGCAACUUCUACAGCUGCACCCAAAGUAACUAAACGAAUGUCAUUUAACUUUUGUUUCAAAGGUAAUUUAAAGUUUCGAAGCAGAUUUUUAACUGAGUUGAGACCAGUUACUUACAUUAAGUGUUUAAUUGUCAAGGGGGCACAGAUGGCCUAGCGGUUAGGUUGCCCACCCUUGUACAAAGGCUAUGGUCCCCCAACUGGGCAGGCCUCGUUCAAGUCCAGCCUGUCAUAUCCAAUAAAGGCAAUAAAGCGCCAAAAUAAAUCGAUAAAAAAACAAAAAGUCUAAUUGUCAGCUGCUUAAAAAUCUGCUAUUUCCUUUAAAUUGGCGCACGAUGGAUCUCAGGAUAUGUUGGAAGACGAAGGAUGUACCAGAUGGUUCUUUUGUUGGCUAGGGAAAUGCCUUUGCAAUGGGACCUUAAAAUGCGCUCUCUGAAAAUGCUUCCCCUGAAUUGAGACACAGCUCAAGUCUGUUAAUCCCUUACACUCAUUUUAGCUCCGCCCUCUAAUCCAAAUAUGGUCAUUCUUCCUCCAAACCCCGCUUCCACCACACAAGAUGGUGAUGCUUCCAAACUGAAGUUUUCAUAACUGUAGUCCAGAUCAUGGUAGCUGUGUGAACAUCAUGGUGGCUGUGUCUUCUUCUCCUGUACAGUCUAUGAUCUGACACAUGAUGUGUUUGAUCCUGCGAUGAUAUGAUACUGAAAUAAAGCACUACUGCUUCGGCUUGUUGGCGAUGCUAAACAUGUGAGUGUUUUAACAGCUUUGAGACAGAUUUAUUUGUCAAUCAAUAAAAGAUUCAUCAGUGACAAAUGCAGUCUUGGUGGUGAUUUCUUUUAUUACAUCGGCGUCACACAGGUCAGAACACGGGGAAUUAUAAAACAUAAAUACAUAGAAAACGCAGGAUCACAGAAGGUAAAGCAUUACUGAUAAAACAAAGGGAGAAAUAAGCACAUUUUGAGAUGUUUCUCCAGGUGGUUGCAAAGUAAAAUAUUCCAACA